AGCAGUACAUGUAUUAUAAACACUGGUGGCUGUUGAAAAUAUAUCUGGUAAAUCUCGGUUUCGAACCUGUCAUCGAAAUGAAGUUCGUCAGGUUUAUAAUGAAGAAUGCUGCAUUAGCCAGUGCGCCUCAACACAUUGAACACUUCUCAAAAUUUUCACCUUCUCCACUUUCUAUGAAACAGUUCUUGGAUUUUGGUUCUACCAACGCAUGUGAGAAAACGUCUUUUGUUUUCCUGAGACAAGAGCUGCCCGUGCGUCUGUCAAACAUCAUGAAAGAGAUCAACUUGCUCCCUAAAAUAUUACUUACCACUCCUUCUGUACAAAUGGUUCAAAGCUGGUAUGUACAGAGUUUGAUGGAGAUCUUGGAUUUCUUGGAGAAAAGUCCAGAUGACCAAAGUGUAUUAGAAGAGUUUGUGAAUGCUCUAGUCAACAUCCGAAACAGGCACAAUGAUGUUGUACCCACUAUGGCCCAGGGUGUGAUUGAAUAUAAAGAAGUAUUUGGUCAAGAUCCAGUCACUAAUCAGAAUAUUCAGUAUUUCCUGGACCGUUUCUAUUUGAGUCGGAUAUCAAUCAGAAUGCUCAUCAACCAGCACACUCUUGUAUUUGAUGGUGCCACAAAUCCAGUUCACCCUAAUACCAUUGGCAGUAUAGACCCUUAUUGUCAGGUGGCAGAAGUUGUUAAAGACGCAUAUGAAAGUGCCAAGAUGCUGUGUGAUCAGUACUACCUCAGCUCACCUGACCUGGUGCUUCAAGAACUUAACACUAAUAACAGGAACCAGCCUAUUAACAUGGUGUACGUGCCUUCCCAUCUGUACCAUAUGCUAUUUGAACUGUUCAAGAAUGCAAUGAGGGCAACCAUUGAGAACCAUGAAGGCUGUAAUCUUCCACCCAUUCAAGUUAUGGUGGCCGUAGGAGGAGAGGACCUCACUAUCAAGAUGAGUGACCGAGGUGGUGGAGUUCCUUUCAGGAAGAUGGAGAAUCUCUUCAGUUACAUGUACUCCACCGCACCAAAACCCCAGAUGGAUGAUAAGCAAAGGGCUCCCCUGGCUGGGUUUGGUUAUGGUUUGCCCAUUUCUCGACUCUAUGCCAAGUACUUCCAGGGUGAUCUUCAGCUGUACUCUAUGGAGGGCCAUGGCACUGAUGCAGUCAUUCACCUGAAGGCUUUAUCCACGGACUCAGUCGAGAGACUCCCAGUGUUUAAUAAGACAGCUCGACGGAACUAUGAAGUCACGCAGGGGGCAGAUGACUGGUGUGUCCCCAGUCGAGAACCUCUGGAUCUGGCUGUGUUCAGACUGGCCAAGUGAAAAGGAGCAGCCUCCAGGA